GUCAAACUAUUGACAAUGAUAUCGACUGUCAACAUUUUAGUUUUACUUACACCAAGUGUGUUUUAUUCAAAAUGCAUUGAAAUGACUCUUUUUACUUAACUUUUCAUUAAAAAAUAGAAACUAAAAUGUUUCUAAGAUCGUGGAGGUCAAUCAGAGUGUCCUAUAAUUAUUGUAAAUAUCUUUCGUCCCAGAGCCCGCAGACGUCAGUGAGUGACGCAGUAGUCCUGAGUGAUACUUGUGUACAACAGUUAAAACAGCUAUGUGACGGUAAUCUUUUCCUAAGACUAUGUGUGGAGAGUGGUGGCUGUUCAGGAUUCCAGUACAAAUUUGAUUUGGAUGAUAAAUUGGCCAACGAUGACAAGAUAUUCGAGAAAGAUGGGGUUCGUGUAGUGGUUGACGAAACUUCUUUAGAAUACAUUAAAGGUUCUACAAUUGACUACCAUACAGAAUUGAUCAGAUCAGCAUUUAGAGUAGUGAAGAAUCCAAAUGCAGAUCUUGGUUGCUCAUGCGGUGCUAGCUUUUCCAUAAAAAUUGAUUAGUUUUGUAUAAAAAUGACAAUUAUAAUUUAGAACUACUUUGAUGAUGUGUAUACUUAAGGGUGUAAUAAAUAAUAAUAAUUAGUUCCUUAUCCUAGUCA